AUGGGAAGACAUGUGAGUUUAUCAAGCGAUGACAAUCAUGAUGCCAAUGCUCAUGUCGACGACGAAGGCGAAGACGACGACAGUGAAAACGAUGAUGAUGAUGUGGACGUGGACAUGGAUGUUGACGACAAUGUUGUCGCUGUUGUUUAUGUUGACGUUUGCGUUGGCAGCAGCAUCAUUCUUAGCAAACACGACGACGUCGUUUGCGUCGCUGACGCUACGGCUGCCCCUGCUGCUCAGCGUUCUGUUCCCCGUGCAGCCGGCAGCACCAACGUCGUCGUCGUCACCCCAGCCAGCGCAUCGGCAUCGGAACACUCGGAGAGUCCGAGUAGCAACACCAACACCAGCAUCAUUCAGACUUCGGCAGCCAUACACAAACAUAACAGUAACGACGACGACAACAUCAACAUCUCGCCCACUCCCACCCCCAUUCCCAGCAACAAGACCACCAACGCCGCACAACCCACCACCUGCACAACAGCAGCAACAGCAACACCAGGUUCCGUAUCCAUCUCAACAGCAGCAGCAACAACUCAAGCAUCCGUCCCCACCACCUGCCCCCCAUCUGCAGGAGCGACAACAACAAAAGCAUCCAAAAAUAAGAGAACCACAAGAUUUGCCACUGAAAAGCGAGACGCCAGCGACGAUAAUAACAUUACACCACUGGAACCCAUUGUCGUCACCUGCUCACCCUCACCCACAGCCGCAACAACUGCCAGCAACAGCAACACCGCCGUCGUCGCCGCCGCCGCCGUCAUUGCCGCCUCCUCGGCCAGCACGAGUAAACGCUCGCCAACGUUUACAGCUGUUACAUCUCCCGGCCAGCAACAGAGCUCUGUUAGCCAUCAACAGAGCCAUAACACCCCCACAACAGAGGCUGUGUGUAUCCUCGGAGGCGGUGGCGGCGUAGGCCCACUUCCGAAAUCGGUCACUGCAUCGUAUCUGCGCUGUGCAACGUGUGACGACUUGAGGAGGCAGCAAUAUCCUCCCCGUUAUUCUCUGAGUGGUGCUGGUGGUGGCACGACCAGGGGUGGCAAGGCAUCAUCAUCAUCGUCGGCAUUUGCUGCAACCAACAACACGUCUACGUGCCGAGAGUGCGCUGUUGCUGCAGCUGCAGUACUAUCAACAUCACCAAAAUAA